AUGGAGUCUUCCAAGGAGACCGGCUACCAACCUCGAGAAGGCCCGAUUCUCUGCAUCAACAACUGCGGCUUUUUCGGGAGCGCAGCUACGAUGAAUAUGUGCUCCAAGUGCCAUAAAGACAUGGUUUUGAAACAGCAGCAGGCCCAGUUUGCCGCGGCAUCCAUCGAGAAUAUGGUCAACGGCAGCAUCAAUCAGAAGGAGCCUCUUCCAGUGGAUGUGAGUGUGGAAGUCGAAUUAAAACUCGCUUCCCCUCAACCGAACCCCAACCCGGAGCCGAGCGAGCCGAAGCCAAAGGAGGGACCUAGCAGGUGCAACACCUGCCGCAAGCGCGUGGGCCUGACCGGAUUCAGUUGUAGGUGCGGGAACCUCUUCUGCUCGGUGCACCGCUACUCGGACAAACACGAGUGCCCGUUCGAUUACCGGUCAGCCGCUCAAGAAGCCAUAGCGAAGGCGAACCCCCUCGUCAAAGCUGAAAAGCUCGACAAGAUCUGAAAGGCUGACGUGGCGGUCUUCUAUCUUUACAUAUCCGGUGAUGGUUCGUCGUGUAAGUCAUGCCGAUUGUCUGCGUCUCGAAACUUGUGUUGGGUGGUGCGGGGGGUGGGGGGUCCAAGAGAUUGUGGUUUGUGUGGAGUCCUGUGUCAGUUGGGUAAGGGUUGAUUACUUUGGUUUGGUUGCAGUGUGUGCAGGCUGUCGAAUAACAUUAUUAUUAUUAUUGUGGAAUUUGUAAUUUGCUCAUA